CUGGAGUCCUCGGGGGGGCCAGCCUGUGUGGGCCAGGGUCGGAAGUCGGUGCCGAGGCAGAGGCUCCGGCAGCCGGGGGUCUCCGAGAACCAGCUCCAGCGGGAGGUGUGGCAGCUGCGUGCCCAGGCCCAGAGGGAGAGACGCGCCCGGCUCCACACCCAGGAGCAGCUGGCCAGCCAGGCCGCCCGGGACCACACCCAGGAUGGACAGACGCCCCCAACAUGGGGCAACAGGACCCCCAGGCACCACAGCCGAGAGCCUCCUGUCAGCUCCAGGGGUGUCUCUGCAGGACCGCCCUCCAGGGACCCCCACUCCUGGGGCAGCACUGGGGCGGGACGAGCCCCCCAGACCACAGGCGGGCACCCGGGGGGACUGGCGGGAGCGGCCCCUGGACAGCUUCCUCUGGCCGAGCCCCGCUGGGAAGGUCAGACGCUCCUGCUCCUCUGCGGCCACCCCCCAGGGCAGUGCCUAGACGUGGACGCCUCUCCCAUGCAGCUCUCCUGGACUGCCCGGCAGGACCCAGAGGCUGCCUCCUCUCCGGAGUCUCUUCUGGUGCAGGCAUCCUCCUCGCCACCCUGGGGUCUCCCCGGGUUCUCGGCUCUGCCCCUGCUGCUGCUCCCAGGCCCCCCCAUCCCCGGACACCACCAGAUGGGACGCCGUGGUGCCCCCCACACACCCAAGCAUAGUCAGCACAGUCAUCCGGGGGACGAGCCCGGAGGCCUCACAGCCGGGCAGGAGCAACCGGGAGUCCCGGAGAGCAUAGAGGAGCAGGGCCACUGGAGCUCAGAGGGGAGGGAGCACGGACACACGGGUGACAAGCUCCAGGGGGACACCCCCAUGUGUGAGGGGGGGCCCAGAUCACUGGGCAGGAUGGGGACAGUGGGGGGACAUGCCUGGGGCCUUGGAGGAGGACUGUCAUCCUCAGAGGAGGAGGAGGAAGAGAAAGAGGAGGAAGAGGAAGAGGAGGAAGAGGAGGAAGAGGAGGAGGAGGAAGAAGAGGAGGAGGAGGAGGAGGAGGUCCCUGCAGCCACCCCCUUGAGGGUCCAAGGGACCAGAGAGCCCCCCAGCCCAGGACCCCCGGCCCCCACAGAAGACGGCCCAGCCGGCAAGCUUCAUGGGACGGAGCCCCCCAUCCCCCGGCUCCUGCAGGGGGGAGGACUCUGGCACGGAGAGGCAGCUGAGGAGGGAGGCUGGCCACCGUCUCCCAGGCCCCACACUGAGCCCUGGCCACCCAGCCGGGGUGGGCACCCAUCUGCCCUGGGCAUGGACAAGCUUGAGAAGGGCGUGGAGGCUUCAUCCCGGAUGCUCUCGAAGCUGAGCCACGAGACCUCCGGGACUCUGGAGGGGCCCAGGGGCCAGCCGGGCCUGCACCCCGGGGCCCUUCAGAGAGCCAGUGCAAGGAUCCGCCAGCUCCUCUCCAGCCUGAAGAGAGAGAGAAGCCUCCUCAGGCGGGAGCGCAACGAGCUCCAGAGAGAACGGGAGAGGUGCCGUGGAAUACUACACACUCUGGCAAAGGAACAGGAGCCGGCCGCCCUGGUGCAGGAGCUGGCCCAGUACCGGCAGGUCAUUUCCGAGCUGGAGGACUGCAACCGGCAGAGCUACCGCCGGAUCUCGGCACUGGAGAGGGACAACGAGCGGCUGAGAGGUGCCCUGGGGCGGUGGCGGGAGGCCAGGUCCCAGAGCGACAGGGGUCCGGCUCGAACCCUGCACGGCCGGGGGCUCAAGACGACGCCGGGCUCGGAGCUGGGGGCCGGCCGCAGGGCACUGAAGGACGGGCUCUCGUUGGACAUGGAGGCCGCCGUGGCGAGCCCCUCACGGCGGGAGAACGGGUCCCGGCAGCCUAGGGUCCGAGCCCUGGAGAGAGCGGAGGAGGCCGCAGGAAGAAGGGAGGAGGCUUCGGGGUCCCCUGCAGAACCGAGCCCGGGUCCGAGCACUCCUGAAAACAUUCCCCAGCUCCAGGGCCCCGAGGAGGAGCUCCAGGUGCGGCUGCGAAGGCUCCAGCUCCAGGUGGGGACCCUCAAGUGUCAGCUGCGGGACCAGGGCUCAGCCCUCCGCCAGGCCCUCUGGCUCCGGGACCAGCUCCAGAGCCAGGUGUACGAGCUCCAGGGGAAGCAGCAGGAAGCCAUGCUGGCCACCGCACCCCUGAAGGCCAAGCUGGCGUCCCUGGCGCACAGGUGCCAGGAGCGGAACCUUCUGAUCACAGACCUGCUGGGGGCGCUGCUCAGACACGGGGCAGCUGAGCCACAGCUCACGGAGAGGGCACGGGGGGCGCUGGGGGACCCCGCACUGGCCGCCUACACAGCCACCUUCCUGCCUCCCUGGCACCCAGAGGUAGCAGCUCCCCCACCCACCCACUUGUGACUCACUGUCUCUCCGUGUAGUUCCACUGAGUUCUGUCCAUUUGUGGGUGGCCACUCUCACCUUUUUCAUGGCCGAGCAGUAUUCUACCGUGUGUCUACACCAACUCUUCUUUGAGCAAUUAUCUUCUACU